CUGUUUGUAUGUCCGGGAUAAACCCAAAAAGUACUGCAUGGGUUCACUUCAAAUUUGGCACGAAUAUUAUUAAGAAGUCGGGUCAACAUAUAGGCUACAUAUUAUUGUUACCUAGCUUAUCGUAGUCGCGAUUUUCCCCGGGAUGCUGAUUACAAUACUCGUCUCCUUCACUUCAAAAUGACGCCAUUGGCUGACCGACGCAGACUGUCUGAUCUUAUGACACUUCAUAAGCUUAUCAAUGGAAAAUUGAUUUGUACAAAUCUAAUUAAACAGGUGAAUAUUAAAGUCCCUUAUCGAAUACCUAGACAUCCGAUGUCAAAAAGCUUUGAUCUCCCUCGCAACAAUACUAGACUUGGUGAGUGUGCUCCUCUAUACCGGUGUAUGCGUACCUACAAUGAUUUACAAGACUGCAGUGUCGACGUUUUCCACAAUACUGAGCGCGUAUAUAAGAGGUUGUUUGUGGAAAAAAUAAAAUUACACCGUAGCACAGACUAAAUAAUAUUAUAAUUCAGUAUACCUGUUUUUCAUGAUGGUGGACAUAUUUUUUUGUUUGUUUAAUCUGUCAUUGUGGUUUAUUUGUAUUUAUAUGAAUGUUGUAUUCACCUAUUAAAAAGCAUAUCUUUAAGUAUGGUAUUUAUAUAUUUUUUCAAAUUGUAAUGUUACAAUAUUAAUAAUUUUACAAUUAUAUGUUGUUGGUGAAUCUUUGUCAAUAAAAUAAAAAAAAAUAUCACGCUAUCACCUAGCGGUAUGGUAAGGGAAGGAGCAGUCGUCAAAAAGUAUGUGCAAAUAAGUAACUCCACGCGUACGAAGUCGCGGGCGGCCGCUAGUGAUAUAUAACGCCACUCAAUUGUCAAUUUACUAUUUACGGAGUUUGACCGUUAGAAGCCAUAAAAAACAUGAUAUAAUGUAAAUUGUGAUGCUCAUGCAAGGAAAGGUAAUAAUUAUGUAUAUCCGAAUCAGUUCAGUUGUUUUCGCGUGAUGAGCAACAAACAAACAAACUGUUCUAUUUAUAAUAUAAGUGGGAAGUAGGAUAAGAUAAAUGAGGAUCUUUAGGGCAUAUUACAAAUGGAAAAAGUUUUCUGAAUAGUUUAAGAAGUUACAAUGAAAGGUGAAACGUCACUUGAUUUAUGAUUAUUCACUAAUAACUUAUAAGUAUAUUAAUAGAAAACUAUAUAUUAUACUAAUAAUUAACAAUAAAAGAUAUAAAAACAUAAUAAAAUAUUUAUCUGUACACGAUAUUUACAUAAGUAUUGUUUAUCACACUUGGCGGUCAUUACUUCUGCAUUUGAUUGCUCGGACGUUCCUUCGGUGUGUGCAAAAUCACAUAUACCUCCCAUCCAUUCCUCACUAAGUUCAUGUUAAUGUUUGUUAUUAUCUAAUUAACCGUGCAAUCAUUAUUAAACUGUAUAGCAAAGAGUAAAGUUCAUUCUUGUCAGAGAGGAAUGUUGCUAUCGCCAUUAAACUAGUGCGAUAUCCAGAAAUUGUCUCGGUUCAGUGUCUUGUCCACCCUCAGAAUAGUCACUCACAUAUUUGUUAAUGAAUACCUGUCAAAGUUUUAAGAACGUGUGCCAGUAACAAUUAUAAAAACAAAAAAAUGGUGUAACUUAUCAGCUUAAAAAAAAAGUAGCUAGUAUUUUUUUGAAAACCAAAAUAGCCGUGAAUUCUCUUGUAAAAAAGUCUUAAGUGCAGUGACAUUAAAAAAAAUGAGUUGUAUGGGUUUCACUGACAGGCAGUGGUUAACAAUUAUAGUUAUUUCAAUAGCAGACUUUUGCAAUGCAAUUUGUGUCGCAUUACAAGCACCAUUUUACCCUCAAGAGGCGGAGAAAAAAGGAUGCUCGGCCACAGAGUACGGGCUAGUAUUCGGGAUAUUCGAGUUGGUGGUGUUCUUGGUGAGCCCUCUGUACGGGGCUCAUCUCAACAGGCUGGGGCCGAAGCUGCUCUUCAACGGCGGCAUACUCACCACGGGCACCUGCGCCAUACUGUUCGGGCUUUUAGAUAAAGUGGAGGGCCACAUCCCGUUCAUCACGCUAAGCUUCACGAUCCGUAUAAUCGAGGCGAUGGGCAACGCUGCCUUCCUCACCGCUUCUUUCGCAAUCAUCGCCAAGGAGUUCCCCAAUAAUGUCGCUACUAUGUUUGCGUCACUAGAAACGUUUUUCGGUCUGGGCCUAAUCGUAGGCCCAACGCUGGGUGGCGCUUUGUACGGUCUAGGCGGGUAUACGCUCCCCUUUGCAGUGCUCGGUUCUGCGCUCUUCUGUGCUGCCCUCAUGAGCUGCUUGGUACUACCCAAAAGCCAGGAUGAUGAAGACUUGAAGCCUACAGGACCUAAUAUGUUGACUCUGCUCCGAAUUCCUGGCGUUUUUAUAGCUGCAAUCAGUAUCAUAUGCACCAGUAUGAGCAUAGGAUUUCUACAGGCGACACUCGAACCACAUUUACGGCAGUUUCUAUUCACGCCGGCUGUGCUGGGCCUGAUGUUCGUGAUCAACGGUGGAACGUACGCCGCGUCAGCGCCCGCGUGGGGCUGGCUGUGCGACCGGCCCGGCGUGCGGCCAAAGUACAUCACCGCCGUGGGGUGCCUCUGUAUAGGUGGCGGGUUUCUGCUCAUCGGACCGGCCCCGUUCUUCAAUAUUCCGACUACAAUAUGGGUGACGGUCGUCGGAUUAAUAUUCCACGGCUUAGGGAUGGGAAGUCAACUAGUCGCCUCAUUCAGUGAUGCACUCAGCACGGCCAUUGCCAGCGGUCUCCCCAACUCGAUUGAAACUUACGGCUUGGUGUCUGGGAUGUGGACUUCCACUUUCGCGUUGGGAGCCUUCAUCGGUCCGACUGUGUCCGGGGUCCUCUUCGACUCUAUCGGUUUUCAGAGUUCCACGUUAUUCAUCUUUGUACUCCAUAUCGUCGUGAUGCUGAUAGUUCUCCUAUAUAACUGGACUUGCGAUAGCGGCUACAAGAUGGACGUGUCGGUGUCAGCUGGAGAUCUUCUACAAAUGGAUGGCACGCUGGACGAAAGCGUGCUCGUCGGAGACAAGUAUCUUCCACCUACCAGGACUAAGAGUCGCCGCUGCGGCAUCAGCUUGGAGCAGUCCCGGCCGCCGGCUAUGAACAGCCUGAUCGCGUGCUCGAGCUACAAGAACCGGCGCAGUCCGUGGACGCAGCGCACGCCGCGCUACCGUCCCACCUACGGCAGCCUCGACCACCGGUUCCGCGCUGGCACUACCUACGUCACAUAACCCUACGUUGCGCUGCAGCUAAUCAUAAUAUUAACCUAGUGUAAUUAAUGUAAUUACAAUUGAAUAAUGGAUAAAUUAAUUUAAAUGCUUUUAAAUAAUAUAUCUUUGAUAAAACAGUAACAGAUCAUUCUCAGAAGGAAGCAGUUAUCCACACUAUUGGCACUAUACUGUCAAUUCAAUUCAGCCGUACUAAGCUUAUAAUGCACUAUUGGUAUGAACGAUAGAAUAUGGGUUCGUAUAUGUGUCUGUAAAAAGCACUUAGGUCGCGAUUGAGCUCGCAGUAACAGUAUGCAACAGUACCCACCUACAGCACCUUCAACCACCGGUUUUGCGCCGGCACCACCUACGUCACAUAACCCCACGCUGCAAUCUGCCCUGCGCUGCAGCUAAUCAUAAUAUAAAUCUAGUGUAA